UCUUGCCCUGUAGGCAUUUCGCUAUUUUCCACCUCCGGUUUUUCAUUUACUCUGAAGCUGAGCCAUGGCUAAAUGGUGGAAAUGGAUGUGGAAUCAUCGGAAUUAUCUGAUCAUCUUCCUGACCCCCCUGUUGAUCCUGCCCCUACCCUUGGUCAUUAACACCCCGGAGGCUCGGUGUGGCUUUGUCAUCAUCCUGAUGGCCCUGUACUGGUGCACUGAGUGCCUGCCCCUGGCGGUCACAGCACUGCUUCCCGUCAUCCUGUUCCCUAUGAUGGGCAUCAUGGAAUCCGGAGAGGUUUGUGUGCAGUACCUGAAGGACUCCAACAUGCUGUUCAUCGGGGGCCUACUCGUGGCCAUCGCUGUGGAGCACUGGAACCUGCACAAGCGCAUCGCCCUGCGGGUGCUCCUGCUGGUGGGCGUCCGGCCGGCGCUGCUCAUGAUGGGCUUCAUGGGCACCACGGCCUUCCUGUCCAUGUGGAUCAGCAACACGGCCUCCACCGCCAUGAUGCUGCCCAUCGCCCAGGCCGUGCUGGCGCAGCUGAGCAGCACAGAGGCUGCGGCAGAUGAGCGGGAGCAGCGGGGCGGCGAGGACAACCAGGCCUUCGAGAUGGACGGCAAACUCAAGGAGGACAUUGUGGAGUCAAUGAAGGAUGCGGAGGAAGGUGACCAGAGGAGAGAGCAGAGGGAGCAGAAGUACCUGAAGCUGUCGAAGGGCAUGAGCCUGUGUGUCUGCUACUCAGCCAGCAUCGGGGGCACCGCCACCCUGACCGGCACCACCCCAAAUCUUAUUCUGAAGGGGCAGGUGGAUGAGCUGUUUCCAGACAACAACGAUGUGAUCAACUUUGCCACCUGGUUUGGAUUCUCCUUCCCCAACAUGCUGCUGAUGUUGAUCCUCUCCUGGUUCUGGCUCCAGUUCAUGUUCAUAGGUUUCAACCUCAAGAAGUCGUUUGGCUGUGGGAAGAGGAACGAAGGUGAUGAAGAAGCCUACCAGGUGAUGAAGAAUGAGUACAAGAAGCUGGGCAGCAUCUCCUUUGCGGAGGGCAGCGUGCUCGUCAUCUUCGUCAUUCUGGUGCUGCUGUGGUUCACCAGGGAGCCUGGGUUCAUGCCUGGCUGGGCUACAGUGUUAUUCAACAUGGACAAACAAUACGUCACCGAUGGCACAGUAGCCAUCUUCAUGUCUAUGAUGUUCUUCAUUAUCCCAUCCCGGAUGCCGUCGCUGGCUUAUCGCGGAGGAGGUGAUGAAGGUGCAAGUGAGAAGAACAUCAAGGCUCCACCAACCCUGCUCAGAUGGGAGGUGGUCCAGGAGAAGAUGCCCUGGAACAUCAUCCUGCUGCUGGGAGGGGGCUUUGCCCUGGCCAAAGGCAGUGAGGUCUCGGGCUUGUCCCUGUGGCUGGGGGAGAGCCUGACACCCCUGAAGAGCAUCCCCCCGUUCGCCAUCUCACUUCUGCUCUGCCUGUUGGUGACCACCUUCACCGAGUGCUCCAGCAACACAGCCACCACUACACUCUUCCUGCCCAUCCUGGCCUCCAUGGCCACCGCCAUCCAGCUGCACCCGCUCUACAUCAUGCUGCCCUGCACCCUCUGUGCCUCCCUGGCCUUCAUGCUGCCAGUGGCCACCCCCCCCAACGCCAUUGCCUUCUCCUACGGCCAGCUCAAAGUCAUGGACAUGGCGAAGGCUGGCUUCGCGCUGAACCUCAUCGGUGUCCUGGCCAUCAACUUUGCCUUGAACACCUGGGGCACAGCAAUGUUUCACCUGGACACCUACCCAUCCUGGGCCAACGCCACGGGCCCCGUCUGAGCCUCCUGGAGGGGGGAGGCACUCAGAGAGCAAAAAGAAUAUUCCAUACUUGGCCUCUGUGAAUAAACUGCCUCAUAUACUCUGCA